ACAGCCCUUUAAAUCUGGGCACAUCAGGGGUCUCGAAGCCAGACUCAGCCACAUCACCACCAACACCACCUGACUUCGAGUUCAGAGUCGAGUGAGGAGGAACAUCGCUGACUAACACAGUUAAUCAAACUGUGGUUCGUGGCUGUGUACAUGUGUAUAGUGCACACGGGGGUACUGAAUUUGUCUGUUAUACAUCGACACAGGCAGACGAGGCAAGAGUGAUACAAACAUGGGCAGGAUCGGGACGCCCGUCUUCCUCGCCUUCUUGUCCGCGCUUACGUGCUCCCUGCAGGUUCACGCGCAGGUCAGGGACCUCAAGCAGUGCUCCAAUGAUCCCGAAUUCGGCCGCUACUGCCCCACGACGUGUGGCGUGGCGGACGUGCUGUCGAAGUACGCCAAGGGCGUGGACGAGGACUCGAGUUUCAUCGACUCGGUGCUCACGCAGCUCGCGGCCAAGCACGGCAUCGUGGAGGGCAACGUGAACAUCGUGAACGAGGACGUGCGGAUCACGCGCGACGAGGCGCAGAUCAUCAAGGACUCGGGCCAGAAGACAGUGCAGAAAAUUCUGGAGGAGGUGCGGAUCCUGGAGCAGAUUGGAGUCAGCCACGACGCCCAAAUCCAGGAGCUGUCAGAGAUGUGGCGCGUGAACCAGCAGUUCGUGACGCGACUGCAGCAGCAGCUCGUUGACAUCCGGCAGACGUGCUCACGCUCCUGCCAGGACACGACAGCCAACAAGAUAUCGCCCAUCACCGGGAAAGACUGCCAACAAGUGGUGGAUAACGGGGGCAAGGACAGCGGACUCUACUACAUCAAACCCCUCAAGGCCAAGCAGCCUUUCCUGGUCUUCUGCGAAAUCGAGAAUGGCAAUGGCUGGACCGUCAUCCAGCAUCGUCACGAUGGCAGCGUGAACUUUACGCGCGACUGGGUGUCGUACCGCGAGGGCUUCGGGUACCUGGCGCCGACGCUCACCACUGAGUUCUGGCUCGGAAACGAGAAGAUCCACCUGCUGACCGGGCAGCAGGCCUACCGCCUGCGCAUCGACCUCACCGACUGGGAGAACACGCACAGGUACGCGGACUAUGGACACUUCAAGUUGACGCCGGAGUCUGACGAGUACCGCCUCUUCUACUCCAUGUACCUUGACGGUGAUGCCGGCAACGCCUUUGAUGGAUUCGACUUUGGCGAUGACCCGCAGGAUAAGUUCUACACGACGCACCUGGGCAUGCUGUUCUCUACGCCGGAACGCGACAACGACAAGUACGAGGGCUCGUGCGCCGAGCAGGACGGCUCGGGAUGGUGGAUGAACCGGUGCCACGCGGGGCACCUCAACGGAAAAUACUACUUCGGUGGAAACUACCGCAAGACCGAUGUGGAAUUCCCAUAUGAUGAUGGCAUCAUCUGGGCCACGUGGCACGACCGCUGGUAUUCGCUCAAGAUGACCACCAUGAAGUUGCUGCCCAUGGGCAGGGACCUCUCUGGGCAUGGUGGCCAGCAGCAGAGCAAGGGCAACAGCCGCGGGGACAACUGAGCAGGGACUUGGCUCUCACCUCCUCAUGACACGGCAGCGAGAUGUUAACUGCCUCGCCUGGUAUACAGGAGGUCGUGGGUCCGAUCCCGACCCUGACGCCUGCUGCAUAUUUGGAGUUUGCAUGUUCUCCCCUGUUUUUCCCUCCAAAUUUAGAAACAUGCGUUGAGAGUAUUUGGCUGCUAUAAAAAAAAAAUGUCCACGCGAUAAGCCAAUUUGUUGAGCUGUCAUUUGUGGCCAGGUCACUUCUGAGAAAGAGCUCAGUGGGCCUUACUGUUCCCCAACAAUUCUCCCACCCAGCAACUGGCACCCACGUGAAUGAGUGGACACUAGAAUGAUAGUACGAUAUAUCGUAUGACAUAGGGUCCACGAUUUAUCGUUCCAUCCGUUUUAGAAAGUAUAGUCCCAUCGUGAUUAUCGUGGUUCGUGUUUUUUUGUUGCAUAUAUUUUAUUUACUGACAAAAUGGUUAUUAAAUAAAGGUAUUGCCAUCAAAGUUCUCAAUAAAAAAAGCGAAUGACCCUUCAAU